GUCACUUUUUGCAUCUCCGAGACACAUUUUCACUGUGUUUUUUGCAAAUAAAAGUUAAGUAAUUUUCUUAAUAUUAGACAAAUGUAAUUAUUGAUUUAAUUAAUAAAGCAUUCGUCUAAUUAACAUCAGAAGUCUGCAAUAGAUAUAAAGGAGUUCUGAUGAAAUCAUAAGAAUAAUUAAUACGAAACUUCAAAAGUAAGUUAAAGAGCAAAUAUCAAGUCUUGUGAUUUCAUCGAUUUGAUAACAAAAAAAAAUUUGACGAUUUAUAUCGGUGAUUAAGAUAAGAGCAUAGACAGCACAGUGAAAAAUGGAGAGCACUGGAAGUACAUUUCCGAAAUGGCAAUUAGCUAUAUUAAUUGGAACUCCAGUUGCUUUAGGUCUCGGAUAUUUGUAUUGGAAGAAUCAGAAUCAAUCAAUUGAGGAAGGCACAGAUGAUGAUAAAACAGAAUUAAAGAAGAAAUUGACAGGAGAUACAAAAUCCAUAUCGAUUGAUGGUGAUACAGCAAAGUCAGCAAGUAGUAAUGCUAAUUCGCCAACAACUAAUGCGAGCAAUGGAAUCCCAAAAGAGUUUGAAAGCAAACAAUUUAAAAAGUUGUCACCGUUUGAAAAGGCUGUAAAGUAUAAGGAAUCAGGAAAUGAUUGCUUUAAAAAUGGCAAAUAUGAUGGUGCCAUUGAGCUAUACGAUAAAGCUAUUGAAAUUUGCCCAAAAUCAAACAGCAUUGACUUGUCACAAUUCUAUCAAAACAGAGCAGCUGCAUAUGAGCAAUUGAAAAAAUGGAGUAAUGUCUCGGACGAUUGCACAAAAGCUCUUGAAUUAAAUCCAAAAUACGUGAAAGCUCUCCAUAGACGUGCUCGUGCAUUUGAAAACUUGAAACAACUCGAAUUGUGUCUUGAAGACGUUACAGCUGUUGCAAUCCUUGAAGGAUUCCAAAAUAACAAUAGUCUGAUUUUUGCCGAUCGCAUUUUGAAAGAACUUGGAUUGAUGCAUGCUAAAGAAGCAAUGAUUAAUAAGGAACCAGUCGAGCCUUCCACAAACUUUGUUACAUCGUACUUUAAGUCGUUUUCACAAGAUCCAAUUCAUAAAGUUGUUGUAAGCAGUACAGAACCAAAAGGCUUCUUAAAAGCCAGCAAAGCAUUUAAAAAUGGACAAUACAAUGAAGUUGUCUCAGCGUGUAAUGAGGAAAUUGAGAGUAGUGAAGAUGAUUCUGACUAUAAGCUCGAAGCUAUUUUAUUGCGCGGAACAUAUUACCUCCUAUCCGGUCAAUUCGAUAAGUCAUUGACUGACUUUAAUCAAGUUAUUAAUAAUAAAGAUGCUGAUCCUAAAUUGAGAUCAAAUGCAUUAACAAAACGCGCUAGCUUACAAAUGCAAACUGAUCAACGAGAAGCCUCAUUUAGUGACUUUGAAGCAGCAAUAAAACUUGAUCCAGAAAAUCCCGACAUUUAUCAUCAUCGUGGACAAGUCUAUUUAUUAGUCGAACAACUUGACGAUGCCGUUAAUGACUUUACAAAAGCAACAGAUUUAGCACCCAAAAACCCCAUCACAUAUGUCCACAAACUAUACUCAGAAUACCGUCAGGCUGUUAACGAACAAGACAAUACAAAACUCUUCGCUAAGAUUGAAGAAUUUAGCGAAACUGUUAAAAACUAUCCAGAAUGCAUUGAAGUGUACAGUCUCUUCGCACAAAUCUUGUCAGAUCAACAGCAAUUCCAACUGGCUGAUGAUUAUUUCGAAAAAGCAAUGAAUUUGGAACCAAAUAAUGCCGGAUUAUACGUUCACAGAGGAUUAUUGUUGCUGCAAUGGAAAGGUGACAUAAAUGAAGCACUAAAACUUCUUGAGAAGGCUAUAGAAGUAGAUGAGAAGUGUGAAUUCGCCUACGAGACCUUGGGAACCGUAGAAGUUCAAAGAGGGAAUUUGGAACGAGCUAUUGCACUAUUUGACAAUGCAAUGAAACUAGCAAAGAGCGAGAUGGAAUUGACACACAUAUUUUCAUUACGGGAUGCAGCGCAAGCACAAUUGAAUGUUACAAAAAAGAUGGGAUUAACAUUAGCAUCCUUAAUGUCUAAUUUGCCCAAUUUUUAAGCAAACCGGUUACUUUUUUUUGUUCUUUUUUUUAGAAAAUUUAAUAUGAGGAUAUAGAAUCGCUUGACAGAAAAGAAAUUCACGAUAAAGGAUUUAAUUUAGAAACUUAUCAGAUUUUUGUUGUUUCCUUUGCGACAUAUAUGCAUUCAAAAAUAAAGUAUACACUUAUUACAAAUG